ACUCGAGACUUCAGUGCAAAGACUUAAGACUUAUUUGUGACUUGCAUAAUAAUGACUUGGUCCUAUUUCUUCUUCCGCUGCACUGAUGUCUUUAGUUUCCUUCUCUCUCUCUCUCUCUAUCUUUUAUGCUUUGGCCAGUGUUAAUCAAUGCUGUACUGUCCUCUUUUCCGUUUUUUUCACAUGACCCGUAUCCUGCUCUUUUAAACCCUGUGGGCAGAUCUAGGCGACACUCUGAAGACCUCCACACUCUGGAUACAGGCCUGUCUGAUUUACCUGCCUUCAGAAUGGACCUGAGAUUCCUGUUUGUAGCGUCAGCUCUCCUUCUGGGGGCCACACUCACCAUCUCACUGGCAGACCGUAUCUCACAAUGCAAAGUCAAGUGGCUGUUUGGCAUCUCAUGCGCAGAUGUCACUGAAAAGCUGGUGAACCAGAUCAAAGCGUGGCAGAUCGGACAAAGUUGUCAAUAUGAAGGAGAGAGGUGCUCAUACGAGCUUGUGUCAGCAGCUCCAUACGUGAUCAAAGCCGUUCACACGUCUCCAACUACCAAGAUAGCCAGCGACCUCCAGUUUCUUCUAGAGCAGUCCACUGUCUGCAAAAUGACUGGAGAGGCAGUGUCUGAGUUCUCCAAAGAUCCAGCUGAUAACAGCACAAAUUUCUGCAGCCUCCAGAACCUGAUGGACGGAAGUGACCUGAUCAGUGCUGAGGGAUACAAGCAGUUCAGCAACAAGUGGAUCUGUCCUGGGUUUGAUACUGCCAACUGCACCUUAUCUUAGGUGGAGAUCCCCCAUCUUCAUGUAGGGAAUCAUUUUAAGACUUGUGAGAAAACCAGUUUUUAACAAUGUAUUUAUCUUUCUACUUUAUCUCUUUAUGCAUAAUUGAGAAUCGUGUCAAUAAUAUACAUUUAUAAUUGUAGUUUAAAGUUUUUUUGAAAAAUCAGAUUUUUUUUACACCAGUUUUACAUGAAUGCAAUGAUAUGAAACUGCAGGAUGUUUAAACAUUGUAUAAAUGUCUUUUUACGAAGAAAAGAAUCAAAGAAAAACAAAUAGGCCUAAUACAACUAUAACACCCUUAAUACAAGCAUUUUUUGUGGCUUCUAAUCAUGAACAUGAAAAUAAGUUUUACCUUUGAUUUAAAUAUCAUCUUGCUGUUUUGUAAUAAAUAUGAGGCAAAAAGUAACACACAGUCGAUGCUACAUCAUAUAAAUGGUACCAUAUACACUGAUCAGUCACAACAUUAAAACCACUGACAGUUGAAGAGAAAAACAUUGAUCAUCGUGUUUCAAUUCAAUGUUCAUCUGGCAAACUUUGGGUCCUGGCAUUCAUGUGGAUGCUACCUAACAUGCUCCACCCACCAAAACAUUAUUACAAACCAAGCAGUGGUAGAGUUUGUGAGUGAGCUGCAGUUGCAGGAAGUGUUUUGCUUGUAAAAACCUGCUCUGAAACAAUAACCUGGUGCAAACGCAGCAGGUACCAAAAAUCAGUCAGGUAAUCCAAUGUAAUGUCUGUGGGUCAUAAAGUUCGGUGAAAAGCCUCAUUAAAAAUGUCCAUAUAAAAUCUUACCUUAAAACAGCAACACAAAAAUACCCUCAGGGUGAUUCUGAAAUUGUUUCCGAGAAACAUCAUAAUGAAAUUAACCAUU